CGUCGUCGAGAGCGGACUUGCGCGACAUGAGGAAGAGACUGAUCCAGGUGUUCGGCUUCUUGAUCACGUCGCUGGGAUGGCUCUUCGUCCUCUGCACCAUGGCCAUGGACUUCUGGAGGAUCAGCCAGCUGGGAGGCCAGGGAGGCUCCUUCAUCAUCAAGGUGGCCUGGUACUGGUCCAACCUGUGGAAGGACUGUUUCACCGACUCCACCGCCGUCACCAACUGCCGGGACUUCCCCGUGCUCUGGAGCGUCACCCCGUACGUCCAGGGUGUGCGAGGCUUGCUCAUGUGUGGCUUGACCUUCGGCUUCUUCGCCGUCGUCCUCUGCUUCUUGGGAAUGGAGUGCACCUUCAUCGGAGGCGGGGAACAAGCCAAGGACAAAAUGCUGCUGGCUGGAGCCGUCUUCCAUUUUGCCGGAGGGAUCUCGGACAUCGCCGGCUACUGCUUAUACAUCAACAGAGUGGCCCGGAAUGCCUUCGCCGAGUCUCUGUCGCCAGGAGCCUUGAGGUACGACUUGGGGCCUCCCAUCUUCCUCGGACUGGUCGGCUGCUUCCUCAUCUAUCUCGGGGCGAUAAUGUACGCCGUCACCGUCUAUCGCGUGGUCUUCCCCGAGAGUAAAGUCAUCUACGCCUACGGGACGCGCACGUACAUGUCCCCUCGCACCCGAGGCCGACCCCUCUACUCCGGGUACUACCAGCCCUCCGGGCAGUACGGAUACUACAUGGAUUCCAAACGAUCCAGCAGUUCCAGGAUUUCCAAACUCUCUCUCACCUCGCCGGCGAAGAUAUCGGAAAGAGACGCCUUCGUCUGACUUCCUGCGUGUUAGUGGCGUGAUGCCGCGCUGUGUGGCGACUGGCUCUCUGCUCUCUUGACCUUGUUAGCGUCGUCUGUUUACCUAUCACUUAAUAAAA